AUGGCGGGCAACCCAGUCGCAUCCUUCAACAAUACCGAAAAAGCUAUGGUCGAGUUUAUGACCGAGUCUUCGGCCGACAGUUAUGUCCGGAACAAAUUUGGGGCGACUGAUCCCGACCUCGUCGAGAUGUAUCUCGGCUUGACGGUCCCCAUCUUUAAAGCUGACAUUCUCCGAUAUCUUCUCCUCUUCUCCGAAGGGGGGGUCUACUGCGACCUGGAUAUCUCGUGCGAGGUGCCAAUCGAUGAAUGGAUACCGCCGCAGUUCCAAGGGAACGCCAGCGUCGUGGUAGGCUGGGAGUUCGAUGUCGGCUGGCCCGGCAACUUCAUCCGACAGUUUACGACAUGGUCCAUCAUGGCCAAGCCGGGGUCGCCGCAUCUGUGGAUGGUGGUCCAAGAUAUCCUGCAGUCAUUCCGGGAUAAAAUGAAGGAGAAGAACGUGCCAAUCGAGGGGCUGACUCUAGACAUGCUCGGGGACGUGGUCGAUGCCACUGGCCCAAGGAGGUUCACACGGAGCAUUCUGAAGAGCGUGGGGGAGGCGUACAAUACGACACUCGAGGACAUCCAGGAGCUGUUGGAACCGAAGCUGGCUGGAGAUGUGCUGGUCCUCCCCGGUUACGCGUUUGCGGCAUCAGCGAAUACCUACGAUGAGGCGAUGCAUGUGCCCCCUCCUCUGCUCAAACAUCACUACGCCGGCACUUGGAAGAAUGAAAAAGGCGGAGAGAUGGUCUGA